AUGCGAAGGACGAAACCACUGUUCUUUGCCGCUUCAAGAUGCGCAAGGCUCCAAAAAUCGUGUAGGCUCUACUCAGCGCCCAUUGUCAAUAUUGCCAAUGGCACGUUCUACCGCGCCCAUCCAGAGUCGAAGCCAGCUACGGGACAGGAUGCGCCUCCCAAUCCGCCGCUGUUCCCACAUCUGAGCCUGUCGUUGCCUUCGUUCGCAACACCAAACCAGCAUUGGGCCAUCUUGAGUCCUUCUUCUACAAUCCGCACCUCGUUUCUGCAGGUUCUUCGUGGUCAGUUUCUCUGCUUUCCACCAACAGCCCGGACAUAUCCCUACCUGUUAUCUCCGGACAUAACAGAAAAGAAACCAAGGCUACGGUAUCCUGAUCAAGCUAUUGAGUAUGUUGGCUUUGAUGUGGAGCGUAAGGCUUUCGGAGGCGCGUAUCUGUCUGCUCGCUAUGAGAGUCUGAAAGAAGAGGGAGACUUCACGUUGAAGCGGUACCUGACUGGCAUUGUCACAUUGAACCCUGGCGAAGAAGAACUGAAAGCCAAGUCUAUUGAUGAAGAGGUCACGAGACAGGUUAUGAAGGAUCUCGAGCUUGAGAGGUUCCUGGAUAAGCCUGUCAAUAUGCUCAGCAAUGGGCAAAGUCGCAGAGCUAGGAUCGGGAAGGCUUUGCUGACUAGGCCCGAGGUUUUGUGUUUGGAUGCACCUUUCAUUGGCUUGGACCCAAUAGUGACACAACACAUAUCUCGAGUACUGCAUCGCCUUGCUGAAGCAAACUCGCCUAGAAUCGUGCUUUCAUUACGACCACAAGACGCUAUACCGGAGUGGAUCACACAUAUUGUCUAUGCUGGUGAGGAUGGUAAAGUCGACUCACUCGGACCGAAAGCAGAGGUUUUCCAGUAUCUAGCACAGCAGUAUGCUAUUGCCGAGAAGUCGAUCAAGUCGAAAUCAUCGAGUCUUGAACUAGAUCCGAAGCUCGUUGAGUUGCGUGAGGUGGGACGCCAUCUCUCUGAGAGAGGUGACUUCGAGACGGAUGGUGCUGACACAUCAGCAUCACCAGGUGCGCUUAGUCGGGACGGGUACAAGAAGAUCGACGAUACGCAAGUACCAGUUGGAGAACCUGUGGUCGAAAUGGAGGGUGUAAACAUCAAGUACGGAGCCAACUCUGUGCUUGGAGAGUGGAAACAGAACGUCGAUGGAGAAGAGAGAGACGGUCUUUACUGGAGCGUCCAUCGCGGGCAACGUUGGGGUAUCUUCGGCGCAAACGGUUCUGGAAAGACCACACUCAUCAGUCUGGUCACCUCAGACCAUCCGCAAACAUACUCGGCCCCAGUCAAGCUUUUCCAACGCUCACGUCUACCUGAGCCUGGUGUGCCAGGCAUCACAAUCUUCGAAAUCCAAGCACGCAUGGGCCACGCCUCGCCAGAGGUGCAUGCACUAUUUCCUAAGCACCUAACCGUGCGCCGCGCACUCGAGUCGGCAUGGAGCGAGACGCCAAUCGUCAAACCCGGUCUGGACGAUGAUGCAACGAAACGUGUUGAAGCCUGUCUUCGGUGGUUCGAACCUGAGCUCAACCUCCUGCGCAAGGACGGCGAAGCCUCAAGUGGCAAUCUGGGCUGGGCGUCGCACGUCUUGUUCGGCGAGAGUUCCUACUCGGCGCAACGCGUGCUUCUCUUCCUCCGCGCCACGAUCCGCAACCCCGACAUCGUCAUCCUCGACGAAGCAUUCAGCGGCAUGGACGAUCUCGCACGAGACAAAUGCUUGCUGUUCCUCAGCCACGGCCAGUCCAUGACGCUCCGCUAUACAGAAACGGAUCACAGGCCCGCGGAGACCAAGGGAAAAGUGGCGGUGCCAGGCCUGCAAGAUCACCAAGCACUGUUGUGCAUCAGCCACAGCAGACAGGAAGUACCCGGGUGCAUACGGGACUGGAUUUGUCUACCGGAGCCGGGCACUGGACCGCCGCGGUUCGGAAAGUUUGACGGACCUGUUGAGAUGGGACGGGAGAGGUGGAAUGAGGUCUGGGAUUGGUCGCAGAAGUGA